UCUUCUUCUUCCUUCCUUAACCUGUCACGCCUCUCUCACUCUCCCUUUCAGAGUUUCUGUUUUCAGUUUUCACGCCUCCCCUCUCAAUCACAUUGCACAGAAUGCAAAAUCCACAACCGCUCGCCGCACUGGCCGUCGUCGGUAUUUGAAAAUCGCCUGCGACCACCGUGCCAUACACCUCCGGUGGAGCACUGUAGGGUGCGGUUCGGAUCGGUGCAGGCCGGUUUUGUCGGCUGCGGGCAGAAUCUGAACAGGCCUACAGACAGGUUUCUGGGACUCACUCUCUCUCUGUUGUUCGGACUAGGAAUAACUUCAUCUUAGUUUGUUCUGCUGUUCAUCCUAAGAGAUGGGGAAAGCGAAGAAAGGUCCCAAAUUUGCUGCCAUGAAAAAAAUGGUCACCAAAAAAUCCAUUAAAAAUUACAAACAACAGGUUUUGGACCCAAAAAAGAAUGAUAACAACGAAAAGAAGCUCCCAAGAAAUGUGCCGAAGGUUUCAUCUGCACUUUUCUUCAAUUACAACACCUCGUUGGGACCACCAUAUCGGGUUUUGGUAGAUACUAACUUCAUCAAUUUCUCUAUCCAGAAUAAACUGGACUUGGAGAAGGGAAUGAUGGACUGCCUAUAUGCAAAAUGCACUCCUUGUAUCACGCAAUGUGUGAUGGCAGAGCUUGAGAAGCUAGGUCAGAAAUAUCGAGUUGCUUUGAGGAUUGCUAAGGAUCCUCGUUUUGAAAGACUAAUUUGCACUCAUAAAGGGACCUAUGCUGAUGACUGUAUUGUUGACAGAGUUACAGAGCAUAAAUGCUACAUUGUUGCUACAUGUGAUCGAGAUUUGAAGCGAAGGAUCCGAAAGGUUCCUGGUGUACCAAUUAUGUAUAUUACUCGGCACAAGUACUCAAUUGAACGGUUGCCUGAAGCAACAGUCGGUGGAGCUCCAAGGUAUUGAUGAUGGAAGUAAGAUGUUCAACAAUGGGAAGGCUUAGAUUCUGUUAUGAUUAAUCAGGUUGAGUACUGAUCUUUGUUUGAACUUCCUUCUGUCCUGAGUGAAAGAAAAGGAGAAAGAAGUUUUGUGUAGGUUAUAUAAUUUUGGAUUCUCACUUGUUAAAUUGAAUUAGAGUUUUUACUUAUCAAAAAAAAAAUUGAAUUAGAGUUUUGUCUUGUUUUAUCUUGACUUCUAUAAUUUAAGAACCUAUAUACGUAUCUCCUACUUGUUAACUACUGGAGUUUGUCCCAACAAUUACUCUCUUGCUGUGGUCUAAAAUCUAUUCAACUCAUAAGCACUGAAUGUGCCAAUGCACGUGUGGAUGUGCAAAAUGAUGUAUA